GCUCGCGCCUGUGACUCCAGUCGCAAGUAAUUCCCGAAAAAAGAGUUGCGAGGAAAACAAAACGGCGCACAAAUACGAGGGUGUCUGAGUGAGAAGGUAGCCCCGCUGCGCCGUGAGCAGCAAUGGGUGAGAUCGAGGGCACAUACCGGGCGCUGCAGACACCAGGCACGCGCCUUGGCUCUCAAUUCAACCCCGGCAUCAGCACGCUUGAACCUGGACAGAGUCUACAUUCGUCUGUAACAGGAAGCAAAGGCAAGGGCCUGCAGAUCCGUGUUCAGGGCCUGGACGAUGUUCAGGAGUUCUACGAGCUGGAGACUAAAGCAGAUGGACAGAUGCUUCUUAAUGAAGUAUAUCGACGGAUAAAUCUUAUCGAGAGCGAUUACUUUGGUCUGGAAUUCCAGAAUGUGCAGAUGAACUGGGUUUGGCUGGAGCCCACCAAGCUCAUUGUUAAACAAGUGCGACGACCAACGAACACAGUCUUUCGGUUGUCAGUGAAGUUCUUCCCACCAGAUCCUGGCCAGCUUCAGGAGGAGUUCACCAGGUACCUGUUUUCCCUGCAGAUGAAGCGAGAUCUGAUGGAAGGCAAGCUGAACUGCUCGGAAAACACAGCGGCUCUGCUGGGCUCUCACCUAGUUCAGUCUGAGAUUGGAGACUAUGAUGAUGUUACAGACAGGGAGUAUCUGAAGCUUACUAAGCUUCUACCACACCAGGAACACUUGCAGGAGAAGAUCAUGGAGCUCCAUCGCGGACAUGUGGGUCAGACACCUGCUGAGUCUGAUUUCCAAGUGCUGGAGAUUGCCCGUAAGUUGGAGAUGUAUGGUGUGCGUUUCCACCCUGCAGCUGACCGUGAAGGCACCAAGAUCAACCUGUCAGUGGCCCAUAUGGGUCUGCAUGUCUUCCAGGGCAACACCAAGAUCAACACUUUCAACUGGUCCAAGAUUCGCAAACUGAGCUUUAAAAGGAAGAGGUUUCUUAUUAAGCUGCAUCCCGAGGUCCAUGGUCCUCAUCAGGACACGCUGGAGUUCCUGAUGGCUAGUCGUGAUCAGUGCAAGAUUUUCUGGAAGAGCUGUGUGGAGCACCAUGCCUUCUUUCGUCUGUUUGAUCAACCACAACCCAAAGCCAAAGCCAUUCUUUUUAGCAGAGGAUCUUCAUUUAGAUACAGUGGGCGAACUCAGAAGCAGCUGGUGCAGUAUGUGCGAGACAGCAGUUUGAAGAGAACACCCUACCAAAGGAGGAACAGCAGUAGAAUCCGUAUGUCAACUCGCUCCUUAGCCACUGAUUUUCCUAAGCAGAGUCUGUCCUUCAACGACAGCCUUAAGAUUUGCAGUUCUCCCCCAUCUGCCACUGUUUCCUUCCACUCUCUGCACUCUUCCAUCUCUCCUGUACGGAUGGAUAAUAAUAGCAAACCUCAAAUCCAGCAGAUCCAGCACAUCGCAUCUCUCCAGCAUCCUGUGAGACCACCUAGCCCUGUGAAGGAAGAGCCUGCAAAGAUCCACUCUCCAUCUAACUCAGCCUUCCCAGGUCCUGAAAUAGACAGUCCCCAGCUCUCUCCCUUUGGGUCCAAGUGUCCCCUCAGUUUGUCCACAUCCUUCCAGAUGUCCACGCUCAGCCUGCCCAGCCAGGCACCCUCAAGUCCUCUCCUUAAUGAGGGGGGAAGUGCCAGGCUGGAGGAGGAGGAGGAGCUCAGGAGAAAGAGAUAUCCCACUGAUAAAGCCUACUUUAUUGCCAAAGAGAUUUUGAUGACUGAGAGGACAUACUUGAAGGAUCUGGAAGUUAUCACAGUGUGGUUCCGCAGUGCAGUGAUUAAAGAGAAUGCCAUGCCUGAAGGUCUAAUGACCCUCCUUUUCUCCAACAUUGACCCCAUUUAUGAGUUUCAUCGAGGCUUUUUGAAAGAAAUUGACCAGAGGCUGGCUCUUUGGGAGGGUCGCUCUAAUGCUCAUGUGAAGGGAGAUUACCAGAGGAUUGGUGAUGUUAUGCUGAGGAACAUGUCUUCCCUAAAGGAGUUCACCAGUUACCUUCAGAAGCAUGAUGAAGUACUGACCGAGCUAGAGAAGGCAACGAAGCGUGUAAAGAAGCUGGAGACGGUGUAUAAAGAGUUUGAACUGCAGAAGGUGUGCUACCUGCCCCUCAAUACCUUUUUGCUCAAACCCAUCCAGAGACUUAUGCAUUACAAGCUAAUCUUAGAGCGUCUGUGCAAACACUACUCCCCUGAGCACAGGGACCACCACGACUGCAAAGAAGCCCUAAAGGAGGUGACGGAGAUAACAGCCCAGCUACAGAGUAGCCUCAUCCGACUGGAGAAUUUCCAGAAACUGACAGAACUGCAGCGAGACCUAAUUGGCAUUGAGAACCUCACGGCUCCUGGCAGGGAGUUCAUCAGGGAAGGAUGCCUUUACAAGCUUACAAAGAAAGGCCUGCAGCAAAGGAUGUUUUUCCUGUUUUCAGACAUGCUGCUUUACACUAGCAAAGGCGUCACAGCCACGAACCAAUUUAAAGUUCAUGGCCAGCUUCCCCUCCAUGGCAUGCUUCUCAUUGUGCUGGAUGCUCCGGUGGAGGAGAGUGAGAACGAGUGGUCGGUCCCCCACUGUUUCACCAUAUACUCAGCCCAGAGGACCAUCGUGGUGGCUGCCAGCUCUAAAGUAGAGAUGACUAAAUGGAUCGAAGACCUAAACAUGGCGAUCGACAUUGCGAAGAAGUCACAGGAGAAAUCUGAUAUAUUUCUCGACCCCAGUCUGUGUGAUCGCUCCAACAGGUCAUCUGAUGAGGUGUCGCUGGAGCAGGAGUCUGAGGACGAUGUGAACUCGUCCCGCUGCUCUCUGGACAAACAGAGCCACCAUCGCGCCAACACAACAAUGCACGUGUGCUGGCACCGAAACACCAGUGUCUCCAUGUCUGACCACAGCCUAGCCGUGGAGAACCAGCUGUCUGGCUACCUGCUCAGGAAGUUUAAGAACAGUAACGGCUGGCAGAAAUUGUGGGUGGUCUUCACCAACUUCUGUUUGUUCUUCUAUAAGACACACCAGGAUGACUUCCCUCUGGCUAGCCUGCCUCUGUUGGGUUACACGGUCAGCACACCCGGGGAAUCGGACAGCAUUCACAAAGAAUAUGUCUUCAAGCUGCAGUUCAAAUCUCAUGUUUAUUUCUUCAGGGCUGAAAGCGAGUAUACCUUCGAACGGUGGAUGGAGGUGAUAAAGAGUGCAGCGAGUGCUGCCGGCAGGGUGAGUCUGCUCAUACCCAAGGGCCCAGAAGAGAUCAAUGGGAACUGAAGAUUGAAACUGAGGCUGGUUGUCCUCCUGGAGCUCGGGGCUGGGCCCUGCAGACUUCAAUGAGUCUAUACUAUGAUUUUAUUUAAUCCUCUCUGUUUUGUGAUUCCUAAUGCCAUUUUUUCAUUACUGACUCUGAAGUCUAGACCAUUUCUGCUAAAUGGAAAAGGAAGAAGUCUAAGAACUCAACUCUGUUCUUUCAUCUUUGACAUGUAGGCUGUGCCCCCUUUAUUUUAAAGUCAUGCCAAGCUCUGCAGAAAUAUAACCCUAAAUGGCUAUUACUUUCUAUUUUGGUUCAUGUGGUCCCGCUACAAUGUCAGCAGUCAUAUUUCUAAAAUAGCCAGUUCUUCAUCUCAAAAGUGCAAGUUUCACCAGAGUUGAAAACGGUUAUAACUUCAUGAAUGGGUUUAAUGUCGUUAAAACCUCGUUAAGCGUAAUCUCAAUCUCAACCCCUCAUAUUUAUGGGAGCACAGUGACGGAACACUGCCGAACAGAGUAAUGGACUGAGUCGGAUCUGGAUGGUAGAAAAGUAAGUGAAAAGAAUGAAGAAAGAAGGACGCAGAACCACAGUGGUAUGGGCCAGAGAAUUUGGCAGAACUCCAGAGAUGAAGUGGUUUGUGAGAAAGCCCAUGGUCCUCUGUAAACAGUUGUGAAAGGACAAACGGCAGGCAAUUUAAAUUGAAAUCGAGAGGAUAGGCAGAAUAAUUGGUGAUCUGGUGUGGACACACAAGUGAGUAAAGUUUGUAGUGUUUUUGUCCUGUUCAGUUCCACAGUCAUCAUGGCAAGACUUUAGUGACGAUGUAUUUGAGUUAUACUUUAGUAAUAUGCCUGUUUUAAUUAACAGUUAAAUAGGGAUCUGCUUUGACUUGUGUAAAUGUAAAAACUAUUGAGAUAUAUUGAAAAGACUCCUUCAGAGAGUAUUUAAUAGAUUUCUUACUGACAGUGCAUUUCUCAUCUCUACAUUUUAUUUUUAUUUCUUUUUUCUGGACAACCACAAGGGGGAGUCAGCCUCUAGAGUGCUCAUUGACAAAAUCUAACUAGGCUUACUGCCUCAUGGUUUGGGUAGUUAAUUAAACGUAUCACUCUUCUGAUUUCUUUACCUUUCCCCACACUAAUUGUGAAUAAGGGAACAUGAACCAUGUGGGAAAUUGCUUACUGUUCAUGUACUUAAACCAAAAGAAAAAAGGUCAGUGUGAUGAAGUUUCUUUUCAGUUUCUUUCUCAUUUAUAGAUGAAGCACAGGUUAUGCUGUUAUCUGUAUUAUUACUAUUAUUAUUAUUAUUAAUCCUUUGUUUUGAUAUAAAGGCCAGUUUUUUAUGUAAAUAUUUGGGUUGUCAUAUGGUAAAGUGAAUAUUUCUGUGAACAGUUUGAUUUACACAGUGUUUUCCAAAACCCCAAAUGCAACUGAUUAACCAAGGCACGUCUAAUGAUUGGACUUUGCUUCUUUAUCAAAGCUACAAAAUGAUAACGUCCUCACUUAGCUCAGUGAACAAAAGGUCUCAUCAAAUAGACUAACAAGUCUGUUAAUUGAUUACUUUAUCCAAAUCACUUUCAAUGUACAAUCCUGCCUUUAGACUUGAUAGUGCAUCAAGCUGUGCUAGGGAAGAAAAUGAUUCUAGCUUCAGUGUGGUCUCUACCAUGGUUCUUUGCGAUGUGAUUUAGUUAGGUUUCUUAUGUACGAUAUGUGCCAUAUAGUAAAAAAAACA